GUGGCUGGCGCAGUUCAGUUCGGCAUGCGGAGCUGGCGGUCAUCAGGAAUUGGCCAAAUUGCAAUUCGGUGACCGCUAGGUGUGCAGGUGCAGCAGAGGAAGAAUGAUCGUGAAUAGCGUCUCUCUGUGCUUCCACCACAAACUCAUCUUAGCCCCUAUGGUUCGGGUGGGCACUCUCCCAGUGCAGCUGCUGGCCCUGGAUUAUGGAGCUGACAUCGUUUACUGUGAGGUGCAGCAGAGGAAGAAUGAUCGUGAAUAGCGUCUCUCUGUGCUUCCACCACAAACUCAUCUUAGCCCCUAUGGUUCGGGUGGGCACUCUCCCAGUGCAGCUGCUGGCCCUGGAUUAUGGAGCUGACAUCGUUUACUGUGAGGUGCAGCAGAGGAGGAAUGAUCGUGAAUAGCGUCUCUCUGUGCUUCCACCACAAACUCAUCUUAGCCCCUAUGGUUCGGGUGGGCACUCUCCCAGUGCAGCUGCUGGCCCUGGAUUAUGGAGCUGACAUCGUUUACUGUGAGGUGCAGCAGAGGAGGAAUGAUCGUGAAUAGUGUCUCUCUGUGCUUCCACAACAAACUCAUCUUAGCCCCUAUGGUUCGGGUGGGCACUCUCCCAAUGCGGCUGCUGGCCCUGGAUUAUGGAGCUGACAUCGUUUACUGUGAGGAGCUGAUCGAUCUCAAGAUGCUUCAGUGCAAGAGAGUUGUCAAUGAGGUGCUCAGAACAGUGGAUUUUGUGGCCCCUGAUGACCGAGUAGUCUUCCGCACCUGUGAAAGAGAACAGAGCAGAGUGGUCUUCCAGAUGGGGACCUCAGAUGCAGAGCGAGCCCUUGCUGUGGCCAGGCUUGUAGAAAAUGAUGUAGCUGGUAUUGAUGUCAACAUGGGCUGUCCAAAAGAAUAUUCCACCAAGGGAGGAAUGGGAGCUGCUCUGCUGUCAGACCCUGACAAGAUUGAGAAGAUCCUCAGCACUCUUGUUAAAGGGACUCGGAAACCUGUGACCUGCAAGAUCCGCAUUCUACCUUCGCUAGAAGAUACCUUGAGCCUUGUGAAGCGAAUAGAAAGGACUGGCAUUGCUGCCAUCACAGUUCAUGGGAGGAAGCGGGAGGAGCGACCUCAGCACCCUGUUAGCUGUGAAGUCAUCAAAGCCAUUGCUGAAACCCUCUCCAUUCCUGUCAUAGCCAAUGGAGGAUCUCACGAACACAUCCAGCAGCAUUUGGACAUAGAGGAAUUUCGACAAGCCACAGCUGCCUCUUCAGUGAUGGUAGCCCGUGCGGCCAUGUGGAACCCAUCUAUCUUCCUCAAGGAGGGUCUGCGGCCCCUGGAGGAGGUCAUGCAGAAGUAUAUCAGAUAUGCGGUGCAGUAUGACAACCACUACACCAAUACCAAGUAUUGCUUGUGCCAGAUGCUGCGGGAACAGUUGGAGUCGCCCCAGGGAAGGUUGCUCCAUGCUGCCCAGUCUUCUCAGGAAAUUUGUGAUGCCUUUGGCCUUAGUGCCUUCUAUGAAGAGACUAGUCAGGAGCUGGAUGCCCGGAGGGCUGAGCUCUUGGCCAAGACUCCAGAGGAGGUGGGGGAACCAGCUGAAGAUACCUCUGGUGUCAUUAAAAUGGCUGUCAAGUUUGAUCGGAGAGCUUACACACCCCAGAUCACCCCUAAGAUGUGCCUGCUGGAGUGGUGCCGGAGAGAGAAGUUGGCACAACCUGUGUAUGAAACGGUUCAAAGACCCCUAGAUCGCCUGUUCUGCUCUGUUGUCACUGUUGCAGAGCAAAAGUACCAGUCCACCUUGUGGGACAAGUCCAAGAAACUGGCAGAGCAGACUGCGGCCAUCGUCUGUUUGCGGAGCCAGGGCCUCCCUGAGGGUCGCCUUGGUGAGGAGAGCUCCGCUUUAUACAAACGCAAGCGGGAGGCUCCUGACCAAGACCCUGGAGGCCCCAGAACUCAGGAGCCAGCCCUGCCUGGGGAGCUAUGCAAGAAGCCCUUUGUGACCUUGGAAAGUGGUGAAAAGAGAACCCUGGAAGGUUGGUGACUACUGUUCCUGCCAUGGUAACCCUCUCCAUGGGCCUGGCACUGAGGUGGCCUUGAUACUGGAGCAUGAACCAGAUGCCAUUGGUCAAUUUGCUGGCCCUGCGUGGCAAGAGUUUGAGGUCCAGGACUAGGUCAUCAGUCUGGAACAUAGACCAAGGAGUGCCCAGGUGUGGAUCGCAUCUCUUAUGACUGGCAGGGCCAAGUUCCUAGUGACUGGAAAACAGGAGCUGUUCAGGUGACUGACUUUUCCCUAACUUGACAUUGGUACAGUGCAAUAAAGACACCCCUCCACCAUCA